AUGGGAGAGAGCAGAUAUGUGGUUCGAGGCACAAGAUUCCAUCAUCAGAAACAACAAUCAGUUGUGAGUUUAUGCUCCAAACUAGCAAAUACCUGGGUCACCACAACAAUCUUCCUCUUUGUUUUCUUCAUCAUCCUCCUUGGUGCUUCUCAUCGUUGGUUGGAUACGGUACACAUUCUUGGAACUAUUUCUUGGAUGGACAUGUCAUCAGUUUCACAAAAAAAUAUCAACAAGACAACUAUCCCCAAAAUCAUCAAGAUCCCAUUGAAUUGCACACUCCUCAAUAACAACAUGACACAAACGUGCCCAUCAAACUAUCCAACCAAAUUAGAACCAACAAUCUCUUCUUCGGAAACUUGUCCUGACUACUUCAGAUGGAUCCAAGAAGACCUAAAGGUGUGGCAAGAGACAGGGAUCACAAGAGAAACACUAGAGAGAGCAAAACCUAAAGCUCAUUUCAGGCUAGUGAUAAAGUCAGGGAGAUUGUACGUUGAUAAGUAUGAUAAAGCUUAUCAGACAAGAGAUGUGUUCACAAUUUGGGGAAUACUUCAACUUCUAAGAAUGUAUCCUGGUCAAGUCCCUGAUCUUGAGCUUCUUUUCCUCUGCCAUGAUAGACCAGGCAUCUGGAAAAGAGACUUUAGACAAGAGAACAACGCCACGUGGCCUCCGCCGCCCUUGUUUCAUUAUUGUGGUCACCGUGAUGCAUACGACAUAGUUUUUCCUGAUUGGAGCUUCUGGGGUUGGCCGGAGGUGAAUAUAAAAGAGUGGAACAAGUUAUCGGUGGCUAUUAAAGAAGGGAACAAAAAAGUGAAAUGGGUAGAUAGGGUUCCGUACGCUUAUUGGAAAGGUAACCCUAUGGUUUCUAUUGCAAGAAGAAACUUCAUGACAUGUAACGUUUCGGAUAAGUAUGAUCCCAUGGUUCGUCUCUAUGUCCAGGAUUGGAAAAGAGAGACUAGAGCAGGGUUUAAAGGAUCAAAGUUAGAAGAUCAAUGCACUCACAGGUACAAGAUUUAUAUAGAAGGCAAUGCAUGGUCGGUGAGCGAGAAGUACAUACUAGCAUGUGAUAGCAUGACACUACUGAUUAAACCAGAAUUUUAUGAUUUUUUCGUAAGAAGUAUGAUUCCAAUGGAGCAUUAUUGGCCCAUUAGACCUAACAAUUGUGUUGACCUCAAGUUUGCUGUUGAAUGGGGUAACAACAACACCGACAAGGCACAAGUCAUAGGGAGGCAAGGAAGUGAGUACAUGAUGAAGAAUCUAGAGAUGAAGUAUGUCUAUAAUUACAUGUUAUAUGUGUUGCAAGGCUAUGGGAAACUGAUGAAGUUGGAUGUGACUGUGCCUGAAAAUGCGACCGAAGUGUGUUCAGAGACGAUGGCUUGUCCGAUCACUGAUGCUGGACUGGUCAGGCAGUGCAUGGAUGACUCGCUGGUUAUGUCUCCGAGUGCCAAGCCUGCUUGUGAUUUGCCGCAGCCUUAUGGAGAUGGUGAGCUCAAGAGUUUUCUUGAGAAACAAGAAAAUACGGAGAGGGAGGUCGAGAAGUGGACCGAUGAGUAUUGGGAGGUCCAAAGUAAGAUUCUUCAGCAGUGA